UUUGAUUCGAACCGUCUCCCAUGUCCGAAAUACGUUUGCGGAGUCGCCAGAUCCAUCAAGUGUGGGGCCGGGUACUAUCAAUCAUGUGGCUCUUGUUUACUUGUAUUAGUUCCAUACCUUAUCGACCCAAAAUUCCGGAUCUGGUUUCGGAUAUUUUUUAAAUUAUAUAAUAUUAAGGGUAUUCAUGAAACAUGAACCCUCUCCAAAAUCUGGGCUCUGGAGCUCAAACGGUUUUGGAGAUAUCAACUCUCAAAGUUUUGAGGCCAAAAUUGCGGCUUUAAUAGAUGGUAUAGAUAUUACUCGAUGAAUCUGUCCAGUGAGGUAAAAUCUGACUACGCCAUUUGAAAGAGGAUUAAAAAUUGAUUCUAGAACACCAAUGGUAAAAAGUGGGAUUUGUGUUUUCUACUCUUCGAUCAAAAAAUAACAACAAAAUUUAGCAUAUUAGCGUAACUCUCAUAGCAAAUAUAGAUGGUCUCCAAUUGCCACCAAAUUUGGUUUACAGCUUGUUCUAAGGUCCCAUAACAUUCUCUAAUUUUUGUGAGGAGGUAAUAUUAAGAAAAAUUAAAAUAUUUCUUUGCUAGCUUUUCAAUGUUAAAUACCAAAUACUAAAUGUUUUCCUAUUUUAAUUUUUUGGCUCUCAUGAGACUUAACAUCCUUCCCGCAUGGAAAUAAGUCCCUAAAAAUGUGACUGGCCAAAGUGUCCAAAAAGUAUACUUAAAGUAUACAAAAGGUAUACAAAAAGUAUGCCUAAAGUGCCAGCAAAGUAGGGCCGUGCCAAUCUGCUAUACUUUAAGUAUACUUUAUGUAUACCCUUUAGAAAAGUAUAGAUAAAAGUGUCAUUUAGCUAUACUUAUUUCCAUGAGGGUUUUGAAAGUAUGUCAACAUACUUCUUGUCACAGAUUGGGCAGACAAGUUCUGAUUUUACUGUAUCCAUUUUAUCACAUGAAAAAGAAUGUAAAUGCUAAAUAACCCACUCUUUAGGCGCAUGUGAAUUGCUUCUGCUCCCGUGUUGUAAACAAAUGGACCACUACCAACAUACAAUAAUUAUGUAUGCAAAUAUACUAUCAUAAACAUUCAUAGAGGUGACGUUAUAUUCUUAAUAAUGUAUUAUUGUGUAAGGAUAAUAAUUUUACUAUCAGUCUCCAACCACAUUUGCCAAGAAAUACGGCGAUAAGUACAACGCGCAGUUGGCAAUCGGAGAGCAAGAAGAACAAAAGUCAGGAACGUGCUGCACGGCGCUGCUAGAGGGCGGCGGAGUCUCGGUCAUCGGGUGCGUCCCACCCGAGCGCAAGGUGCCCCUCCAUUACCUAGUCCUUCUCCAUGUUAUUGUUGGUAUUGUUCUAUCCGAACUACACAAAAUGUUUACAAUUUCAAAAACAUGUGGUUGGCCUGUGGUCUGUCAACGUCUGUUUUUGUUGAAUGAAUGAACAAUGUUGAAUCAUUGCAACUGAUAAUCAUGCUCCCUGAGAGCAAACGUGUUGUUUUAAGUGGCUGGUUCUUAUCAUGUCAUAACAGCAAGGAUCUCCCAUGGGCUAGACUUUAUCAUGAGGACUUGCCACAAUCUAUAGAUCAAACAGAGAGUUAAAAUAUGUAAGCCGCAUCCUUUUUUUGUGGUCAGAGUUUAGAGCGGUAGUUCUACUCGUAAUUCUCAUUCUCUAACCUGAAAACCGACGUCAUAAGUUGAUAACAUGAAGAUACCUUCAAAAUUUGUGUGUCGCAUGUUUGCUUUUGUCUGCUUCGUCUUCAUACUGUGUGAAUACCUCAUAUACUACUUGGUUAUUUUCCAGUGUUCAUGGCCGGUGUUUGACCCUCUCAAAGAAGACUCGUCCAUUCACUUAAAAUCUAAUUAUGAGCCAGUUAAAGCAAUGUUUCUAGCGGACACCCAUUUAUUGGGAUCACGCAAUGGUCAUUGGUUUGACAAACUAAGAAGAGAAUGGCAGAUGCAUAGGGCAUUCCAAACAGCCAUUUCACUUCAUAAACCGGAAAUAAUCUUUUUCUUAGGAGAUAUAUUUGAUGAAGGUUUAUGGUGUGGCAAAGAUGAGUUUGAUUAUUAUGUAGCUCGAUUUAACAGUUUGUUCAGAUACCCCGAGAGUACAAAAGUUUAUGUUAUAGUUGGGAAUCAUGACAUCGGCUUCCAUUAUUCGAUUAGUCCAUAUUUGCAUGAACGAUUCAUGAGUGCGUUUAAUGCACCACCCAUCAAGAUGGCAUCCAUAAGGGGUAACCAUUUUGUUCUUCUCAACAGUAUGGCCAUGGAAGGAGAUGGAUGCUUUUUAUGUAGGCAGGCUGAAAUUAAACUAAUGAGUAUUGCAGAAAAAUUGAGAUGUAUUCAAGGUAUAGGUAAGAGUUGUGAGGCUGGACAACUCAGGAAACAAUAUAGUCGUCCAAUAAUUUUGCAGCAUUUUCCAAUGUAUAGAGAUUCUGAUAAAAACUGUGAUGAGCCAGAUGAGGCUCCAGAGGAUUUGAAAAAAAUGAAAUUCAGGGAGCGUUGGGAGUGUUUGUCCCAAGAUGCAACUGAUAUGCUUUUUGAUCAGUUAAAUCCUCGAGCAGUCUUUACUGGUCACACUCACCAUGGAUGUCACACCACCCAUGGGGUAUCUGGUGAAAUACACGAGUACACUCUUCCAUCAUUCAGCUGGAGAAACAAAAACAACCCCAGUUUCAUGCUUGCACUCAUCAGCCCAAAUAAUUAUGCAGUCUCAAAAUGCUACAUGCCUCAAGAAUCAACUGUUUUCUUCCUUUAUUCUAUAAGCUUGGCUCUCUUUGUAUUCUGGGCUGCACGCAAUGUAUAUCUUCUCUCAUCCAGAAGAUCCCAUUCAAUACGUCUGUUCAAAAGCUGUUAGCAAUUCUAGCAAUGUUCAACGUAGAGAAUUUCUAAACCAUUCUCUUUUGAGUGUUUUCUUCUAUUUAAAUCAAGUAUUCCCAUGUUUUACUUCCCAAUGCAGACUAAUAUUAAGUUUUUCUGAAGCUUAGGUUUCUAUUAAACAUCUGCAGAAGUAGGAAUAUUAGUGCAUUUACCAGUUUAUGUUUGGGCCGUUUAAAUUACUCUACCUAUUUGUAGGUUAUUCAAAUUAAUUUUAUUUGUUCUAUUCGUUAUGUUUAAACAUGCUUUUAUGUGAUAAGCUUGAUUUUUAAGAAGGAAAUUGAAGCUUGUUUUGUGAUAUUUAAAAGAAUAGAUAUUUACAGAGUGGCUACUUGGAUCAUAUAUUUAUUUAAUAAUAUGCUUGUGUUAAAGCCAUCUUGCUAUUGGUCGCCUUGCCAUUGUGUUCAUUAGUGCUAUUUGGUGCAGGUGGUUGUAUUAUGUGUCAUUGCUGAGCUCUUGUGUUUUAAAUCAUUGUAUUAUGGUAAAGAAGGAUCUGUGAAAAGAGCAAGCGUAAUGUAACAAAAUAAUAUAAAUAAUGGUUUAUAA